CCCACCCUCACGCUGCUUCCCCUCCCCCAGUUCCCUUUUCCCUUCGGUUUCGCUCUUUCGCGUCGAGGCCGACCCCUGAGUCGUGAGUCUGGGGUCUGGUCGGUGAAAAAGCUCUUAUAGCUGGAAGCAGAGAGAGAACAAAAGCAUGUCCUCCCUCCCUGGGUGCAUUGGUUUGGAUGCAGCAACAGCUGCAGUGGAGUCAGAAGAGAUUGCAGAGCUGCAACAGGCAGUGGUUGAGGAGCUUGGUAUCUCUAUGGAGGAACUUCGGCAGUUCAUUGAUGAAGAAUUGGAAAAGAUGGAAUGUGUACAACAGCGCAAGAAACAACUAGCAGAGUUGGAGACAUGGGUAAUACAGAAAGAAUCUGAAGUGGCUCAUGUUGACCAGCUCUUUGAUGAUGCAUCCAGGGCAGUGACUAAUUGUGAGUCUUUGGUGAAGGACUUCUACUCCAAGCUGGGACUACAGUACCGGGACAGUAGCUCUGAGGAUGAAACUUCCCGUCCCACAGAGAUAAUUGAGAUUCCUGAUGAAGAUGAUGAUGUCCUCAGUAUUGAUUCAGGAUCGAACCCAGUGCCUCACACAUUGCUAGGUGAUGCUGGCAGCAGAACUCCAAAAGAUCAGAAGCUCCGUGAGGCUAUGGCUGCCUUAAGAAAAUCAGCCCAGGAUGUCCAGAAGUUCAUGGAUGCUGUCAAUAAGAAGAGCAGUUCCCAGGAUUUACAUAAAGGAACCUUGAGUCAGAUGUCUGGAGAACUGAGCAAAGAUGGUGACCUGAUAGUCAGCAUGCGGAUUCUUGGCAAGAAGAGAACUAAGACGUGGCACAAAGGCACCCUUAUUGCCAUACAGACAGUUGGGCCAGGAAAGAAAUAUAAGGUGAAAUUUGACAACAAAGGAAAGAGUCUGCUUUCAGGGAACCAUAUUGCCUAUGAUUACCACCCUCCUGCUGACAAGCUAUAUGUGGGUAGUCGAGUGGUGGCCAAAUACAAAGAUGGGAAUCAGGUGUGGCUGUAUGCUGGCAUUGUGGCUGAGACACCAAACGUCAAAAAUAAGCUCAGGUUUCUUAUUUUCUUUGACGAUGGGUAUGCUUCCUAUGUCACACAGUCAGAACUCUAUCCCAUUUGCCGGCCCUUGAAAAAGACUUGGGAGGACAUUGAAGACAUCUCCUGCCGAGACUUCAUAGAGGAGUAUAUCACUGCUUACCCCAACCGACCCAUGGUGCUGCUCAAGAGCGGCCAGCUUAUCAAGACUGAGUGGGAAGGCACGUGGUGGAAAUCCCGAGUUGAGGAAGUGGAUGGCAGCCUAGUCAGGAUCCUCUUCCUGGAUGACAAAAGAUGUGAGUGGAUCUAUCGAGGCUCUACACGACUGGAGCCCAUGUUCAGCAUGAAGACAUCUUCAGCCUCUGCACUGGAGAAAAAGCAAGGGGGACAGCUCAGGACACGUCCAAAUAUGGGUGCUGUGAGGAGCAAAGGCCCUGUUGUCCAGUACACACAGGAUCUGACCAGUACUGGAACCCAGUUCAAACCAGUGGAGCCCCCACAGCCUACAGCUCCUACAGCUCCACCUGCCCCCUCUGUCCCACCUGCUUCACCUCUGUCCUCCCAGGCAGGUGACAAUGAAAGCUUGGAAAGCCAGCUUGCUCAGUCACGGAAGCAGGUAGCCAAAAAGAGCACAUCCUUCCGACCAGGAUCUGUGGGUUCUGGUCAUUCCUCUCCUACGUCUCCUGCACUCAGUGAAAAUGCCCCUGGUGGGAAACCUGGGAUCAGUCAGACUUACAGAUCGCCAUUAGGCUCAACAACCUCUGCCCCAGCACCUCCAGCCCCUCCAGCCCCUCCAGCCCCUCCAGCCCCUCCAGGUCCUCCAGGUCCUCCAGGUCCUCCGGCCCCUCCAGCCCCUCCAGCUCUUCCAGCUCCUCCAGCCCCUCCAGCCCCUCCAGCCUUCCAUGGUAUGCUGGAGCGGGCCCCAGCAGAGCCUUCCUACCGUGCCCCCAUGGAAAAGCUUUUCUACUUACCUCAUGUCUGCAGCUAUACUUGUCUGUCUCGGAUCAGACCUAUGAGGAAUGAGCAGUACCGGGGGAAGAACCCUCUGUUAGUCCCACUGCUGUAUGACUUCCGGAGGAUGACAGCCCGUCGUCGAGUUAAUCGCAAGAUGGGUUUUCAUGUUAUUUAUAAGACACCUUGUGGCCUCUGCCUUCGGACAAUGCAGGAGAUUGAACGCUACCUUUUUGAGACUGGAUGUGACUUCCUUUUCCUGGAGAUGUUCUGUUUGGAUCCGUAUGUUCUUGUGGACCGGAAGUUUCAGCCCUAUAAGCCUUUUUACUAUAUUUUGGACAUCACUUAUGGAAAGGAAGAUGUUCCCCUCUCUUGUGUCAAUGAAAUUGACACAACUCCCCCACCCCAGGUGGCCUAUAGCAAGGAACGUAUCCCAGGCAAGGGUGUUUUCAUUAACACAGGCCCUGAAUUUCUGGUUGGCUGUGACUGUAAGGAUGGGUGUCGUGACAAGUCCAAGUGUGCCUGCCAUCAGCUGACUAUCCAGGCUACAGCCUGCACCCCCGGGGGCCAAAUCAACCCUAACUCUGGCUACCAGUACAAGAGACUAGAAGAGUGUCUGCCCACAGGGGUUUAUGAAUGUAACAAACGCUGUAAAUGUGAUCCACACAUGUGCACAAACCGAUUGGUACAGCAUGGACUACAGGUUCGGCUACAACUAUUCAAGACACAGAACAAGGGCUGGGGUAUCCGCUGCUUGGAUGACAUUGCCAAAGGCUCUUUUGUUUGUAUUUAUGCAGGCAAAAUCCUGACAGAUGACUUUGCUGACAAGGAAGGUCUAGAAAUGGGUGAUGAGUAUUUUGCAAAUUUGGACCAUAUAGAGAGUGUGGAGAACUUCAAGGAAGGAUAUGAGAGUGAUGUCCCCUGUUCCUCUGACAGCAGUGGUGUAGAUUUGAAGGACCAAGAAGAUGGCAACAGUGGUACAGAGGAUCCUGAAGAGUCCAAUGAUGAUAGCUCAGAUGAUAACUUCUGUAAGGAUGAGGACUUCAGCACCAGCUCAGUUUGGCGCAGCUAUGCUACCCGGAGGCAGACCCGGGGCCAGAAGGAGAAUGGAUUGUCUGAGACAGCUUCCAAGGAUUCUCGUCCCCCAGACCUUGGGCCCCCACAUCUUCCUAUCCCUUCCUCAAUUCCUGUAGGGGGCUGUAAUCCACCUUCCUCCGAAGAGACACCCAAGAACAAAGUGGCCUCAUGGUUGAGCUGCAAUAGUGUCAGCGAAGGUGGUUUUGCUGACUCUGAUAGCCGUUCAUCCUUCAAGACUAGUGAAGGUGGGGAGGGCAAGGCUGGGGGAAAUCGAGGGGAGGCUGAGAAGGCCUCUACUUCAGGAAUGGUCAUCAAGGAUGAAGGAGAUGUCAAACAGGCUAAGAAAGAGGACUCUGAUGACCGAAACAAGAUGUCAGUAGUUACUGAAAGCACUCGAAAUUAUGGUUACAAUCCUUCUCCUGUGAAGCCUGAAGGACUUCGACGCCCACCUAGUAAGACUAGUAUGCAUCAGAGCCGGCGACUCAUGGCCUCAGCCCAGUCCAACCCUGAUGAUAUCCUGACACUGUCCAGCAGCACAGAAAGUGAGGGGGAAAGUGGAACCAGCAGAAAGCCCACUCCUGGUCAGACGUCAGCCGCAGCAGUUGACAGUGAUGAUAUCCAGACCAUCUCCUCUGGCUCUGAAGGGGAUGACUUUGAGGACAAGAAGAACAUGUCUGGUCCAACAAAGCGCCAGGUGGCAGUGAAAUCAACCCGGGGCUUUGCUCUUAAAUCAACCCAUGGGAUUGCCAUUAAAUCAACCAACAUGGCCUCUGUGGACAAGGGGGAAAGUGCACCUGUUCGGAAGAACACACGCCAGUUCUAUGAUGGUGAAGAGUCUUGCUACAUCAUUGAUGCCAAGCUUGAAGGCAACCUGGGCCGCUACCUCAAUCACAGUUGCAGCCCCAACCUGUUUGUUCAGAAUGUCUUCGUGGAUACCCAUGAUCUUCGCUUCCCUUGGGUGGCCUUCUUUGCCAGCAAGAGAAUCCGGGCUGGAACAGAACUUACUUGGGACUACAACUAUGAGGUGGGCAGUGUUGAAGGCAAGGAGCUGCUCUGCUGCUGUGGAGCCAUCGAAUGCAGAGGGCGUCUUCUUUAGACAGUUGCCUUCCUCACUUUUAGAACUCUUCUUUCCUCAGGAACUGGGUCUUCCUGACAGUUGAACUCUGACCCCCCAAGUCUCUGGUCUAGCCACUCCCCCAGUUCCUAGUAGAUAGAAAUGGGGGUUCUGGAUCAGGAGAUCUCUUCCAAUGUGGUGCUAGCAGGCAGAGUCCCUUCUUGACUUCCUAAGGCACUAGGGAAUGGGGAAAGAUUACCACUCUAAUCUAGGCCUGCCAUCCCUUCCAUCAUAUGUUUGUUCAUGUGUUCAUGAUUCUAAUCAAAUUGGUAGGGGGGAGCACUGCAUAUCUGCUAUCCCUGAUUUGUAUUGUUCCUUGAGAAGUCUUUUAACAAAAUGGUAAAGCUAAGAUUGUGAUUUGAUUUCUCUCCCUCAGGCCCCAUACUCCCAUUCUGGAUCUUUCAAUGGUGAAACCUGUCCAUCCCCUGGUGGCCCCCCCCACACACACACAAUGGGCAGCUGUCAUUAAUCUUAUUAUACCUUCUCUAUUUUUAUUUUCCAUGUGAAAUUUUUAAAAGAAUGUUACAUAACUACAAGGAAGGCAUAAGAAAAACUAUCUUAGUUUAUUUAGUUAAUUCCUCAUCGAGUCCUAAUAAUCUGAUCCUUGUUGCCACAUUUUAUUUAAUCUUUAAUAUAUUUUAAUUAAAAAAACAAACCAUUAACAGGA